CUGAAAAUCCACCCUUUUGUGGCCCUGUUCCAUUUUUGGAGCCUCGCGUCACAGAGCCUUUGUUGGCCUGCACGUGAGCUUCCUUGUGGACAUACAUUUUAAUAAAUGUCAAGGCAAGUGUCAGUAUCGAGUUUGCAAUGCAGUGCACACAGGAGGAUCUCUACUGUCCCCAUCACCAGCAAUGAGUGCCGCACCCAGGAAGGUCCUGCUGUGGACGAUGGCUCUGGUUGCAGCAUCAACCCCACGCUUUGCAACGGCCCUUGAUUCCAACAACUCCAAUAUAUGCAAUUUGUCCUCUAUAUCCACCUACCAGCUCGAUUCCUUCAACGGAAAUGUUUCACAAUCCUUUCUUCAGACCAAGACGUCGACCAGGGGCUUUACCCAGUGUGAGAAUGCGACACUGAUCUCUUAUGAUCAAGAAUUCAAUUCACUAUUUGCACCGAAUGCCUCUCUGAAUCUGAUCUAUGCUGAUCCCAGUGGCGAUCCAAUCGCCGACGAAAUGGGUAUAUGGCUCUGGGACCGCAAUCAAGUUUGGAUGGCUUCGGCUUCGGAAAACAAUGUUUCGCAUGUCAGUAUUCUCGACCUGUCGAACAACACUGUCAAACCGUUACCAGUACCCAACGGUAUCGAAGUUCUGAAUCCUAAUGGUGGGGGCUACCACAAUGGGAAGGUAUACAUAGCUGGAGACGGGAACUAUACUGUCCCUCCCUGUAUCUACGAGGUUGACCCUGUGACGUACCAGACCGAGGUCGUCAUCAACAGUUACUUCGGCCUACGAUUUGGAGGUCCCAAUGAUGUUACAUGGGCUUCUCGUGGAGGCAAGAGCUGGCUUUUCUUCACCGACGACCCUUUGAGCGAAGUCUACAAUAAUGGGCAAAUACCACAGGUGCCAGAUGCCACGUGGCGCUGGGACCCGCUCGAAAACACAUUACUUCCAGUCAUCGACAGAACUGAUAUUCUGGUACCGAACGGCAUUCGAGUGAACAAAAACAGCACCAAGCUCUACGUGACCGACACACCAGAUCCGCUCGUUUAUGGUGCGGCUGCGGUGCAGACCGCGUCUGGACAGAGCAUAUACGCCGCUACAUCCAGUUCUGCAAUCUAUUCCUUCGACCUCGACGAAUCGGGCUUUCCGUCGAGUCGGCGGCUUUUUGGCAUCGCCGAGCGAGGCAUAGCAGAUGGACUACACGUGGAUGAUGCGGGACGAGUAUGGACCGGCGAACAAGACGGGAUUGUGGUGCGGAGCCCGUCGGGAAAGGUUCUCGGCAUGGUGAAUGCUUUGGCAAUUGAGGGGGAAGAUGUUGUCAACUCCGGAACGAGUCCAUUGCAGAAUUUCGCAUUGGCGGGAGAUCUGCUAGUGGUUCUGGCGUUCAAUAAGAUCUAUACGGUCCAACUCAGCUCCCAGAUUGUUUCGGAUAUGACAUAG